AUGUCCCUAAGUUCCAAACUAAGCGUUACCGAUCUAGAUUUGAAGGGGAACCGUGUCUUCAUUAGAGUGGACUUCAACGUCCCCCUGGACGGUAAGAAGAUCACUUCAAACCAAAGAAUUGUCGCCGCGUUGCCAACCAUCAAGUACGUUUUGGAAAGGCAACCAAAAUAUAUUGUAUUGGCAUCUCAUUUGGGUAGACCAAACGGUGAAAGGAAUGACAAAUACUCUUUGGCUCCAGUGGCCGCUGAAUUGGAAAAACUUUUAGGUAAGAAGGUCCAAUUCUUGAGUGAUUGUGUGGGUCCAGAGGUCAAUUCCGCGGUCAAGGCUGCUGCUCCAGGGUCUGUCAUCUUGUUGGAAAACUUGAGAUACCACAUUGAGGAAGAGGGGUCCAGAAAGGUUGACGGUCAAAAAGUAAAGGCCUCUAAGGAGGACAUUGAAAAGUUCAGACACCAGUUGUCCUCAUUGGCCGAUGUGUACAUCAACGAUGCCUUCGGGACCGCUCACAGAGCUCACUCUUCCAUGGUCGGUUUCGAUUUACCACAGAGAGCAGCAGGUUUCCUAUUGGAAAAGGAAUUGAAGUAUUUCGGUAAAGCCCUGGAGAACCCAACUAGACCCUUUUUGGCCAUCUUGGGUGGUGCUAAAGUUGCUGAUAAGAUUCAAUUGAUCGAUAACUUGCUGGACAAGGUCGACUCGUUGAUCAUCGGUGGUGGUAUGGCCUUCACUUUCAAGAAAGUCAUCGAAGGGACGGAAAUUGGUGAUUCCAUUUUUGACAAGGCCGGUGCUGAGAUUGUCCCCAAAUUGGUCGAAAAGGCUAAAGCUAAGAACGUCGAAAUCGUGUUACCAGUCGACUUCAUCAUUGCUGACGCAUUCUCAGCUGACGCCAACACAAAGGUCGUCACCGCGCAGCAAGGUAUCCCCGCAGGCUGGCAAGGUUUGGACAGUGGUCCAGAGUCUAGAAAGCUCUUCUCAGCCACUGUCGCGAAGGCCAAAACCAUCGUCUGGAAUGGGCCUCCAGGUGUGUUCGAAUUUGACAAGUUUGCAGCAGGUACCAAGAGCCUGCUGGAUGACGUUGUGAAAUCGUGUGCCGCGGGUAACACAGUUAUCAUCGGUGGUGGGGACACUGCCACUGUUGCGAAGAAGUACGGCGCCACAGAGAAGAUCUCGCAUGUCUCCACUGGUGGUGGUGCAUCUUUGGAACUGCUGGAAGGUAGGGAGUUGCCCGGUGUUGCCUUCCUAUCGGAAAAGAAAUAA